AUGAGGGAUAUGAGAGAACAAGUGCCAAGUACUGCGUUCUUGUCAUUCGACACGGAGUUUCCUGGUGCUCUCAAACCAAGAACAAAGUGCAUAGAUGAAUGGACUAACACAAACAGUACCGUUCGAGAUUCAAGUCCGAUUCAAUUCGGCUUCACGUUUUACGGAUUCGACGUUCUCAAAGACCAGUUUAAUCCUGAAGGCAUCGCAUUUCUCCAAGAACAUGGGUUUGAUUUGGACCGACAUCGUGACGAAGGAGUCAGCCACGAGCAGUUCAGGAGAUUCUUUUUCAACAGCGGACUAUUUUAUUCCAGUAUAUGUUGGGUUACAUUUUAUGGCAACUUCGACUUGAAUGAAAGUGUGUACAGAUCAAUGGUAUGA